CGACUACGCAGACGCAGUUGGAAGCGUUCCUUUAAAGCUAAUCUCUUUAACAGUUGGUGUUGUACGUGAUGUAAUCAAAGUAGUACCUCCGUCGAAUGUGAGUCUUAGUGUUAAAGAACCAGUAGUAUUUUAAAGAUUAUCUGAUAAUGAGUUUUGUGUCCAGUUUUUCUACCAUGUCGACCCUAGCUCUGUUAACGAUAAGUUCUACGGAAGCUGCCACCGCCUCUCGAACUUGUCUUUUACUGAUCCUUCACCUGACGUAAACCUUCACGUGGGCACGUGCUGUUCUCUGCCUCAACGUUGAAAUAAAUUUGAAAUACUUUUCUGUCUUCUUGACUUUCACAUAGUGCUCGUUUUUCCCAUCUACUCUACUCUCCUGUUGUCCAAGGGCCUGAAAGAUAUGUCCAAAGACCUUGGAGUUGAAAUCCGGCCGUGGCCUAUUGCACGUCACUUUGACGUACAUGUUAUCAAAUGUGGAAUAUGUCAGAAGAGGUACAAGAAGCCAAAGGUCCUACCCUGCCUUCAUACGUUCUGCGAGAAUUGUUUGAUACAGUACAUCCCAGCAGAGAGCUUAACUGUGACUUGCCCCAUCUGUCGGCAGCAAUCGAUCCUACCUAAACAGGGCGUCUCGGCGCUACAAGCAAAUGAUUUUAUCACUAAUUUAAUGGAAGUUCUAGAACAACCCACCGUAUGCCAAGAUAAAGAUUGCCAAUCUCCGGGAGUGCGAAAGUGUAUUUCAUGUGACAAGUUUUUCUGUGACGCUUGCUGCGAGGUGCACAAGGAGAAAUUUUCUUCCUGUAAUGAAAUGAUCGUUUCUAUCAGCGAGCUCGCGCUACGAGAAGAGCAGGAAAAAAGUAAGGAUAGCCCGUCGCUAAUGUGUCCAAAACACUUUCGCCAAACUCUCCGAUUUUACUGUCAAGAUUGCGAAACUGCUGUCUGUGUCACGUGUACAGACAUUGAACAUGGAGGCCAUGGGACCAUGAGAUUACGAGAUGCUAUAGAGGACCAGAAAGGUACUUUGAAAUCUCUUCUGCAGAAAGCAUAUUCGCGGGUACCAGAUAUAAAUGAGGCCAUUGAAGCCGUGCACUUAACAUCAUCUGACUUAACACAAAAAUAUUCAGAACUUUCAAAAGAAAUGUUUUUCUGUUUUGAAUCAUUAUCUGAAAUCAUACAUAUGAGAAAAUCCGUCCUUCUAAAAGAAUUGGAAGACUGCUACAGAUCAAAACAACAGGUACUCACAGAACAAAGAGAAUCACUCGAACAAUGUUUGAAUACUCUAGCAAGCAGCUGUGAAUUCACGGAAAAUGCCCUUACUCAUGGAAAUGAUACCGAAAUACUUUUGGUAAACAAGCAGAUGGCGGAAAAAUUAAAAGAAUUUUCUGAAAUGGCCAUAAAGAAAUCACCCGAAGAAAACACCUAUAUUGUAUUUGAAGGAGAAAGUCUGCACAUAAUGAAAAGUAAUAUUCUAGCUUUUGGAUGUAUCCAGACAAACAGCGCUAUUGCUGACGAGACGACGGCUUCUGGCGAGGGACUGAAACAUUGUGCUGUCGGAAAACCAACUGUUGUCAACGUUGUUGCUAAAGACAGGCGUAAAGAGAUGGUUAAAACGGGAAAUGUUUUGCUUGAAACUGAAAUGAUCUCGACACACCUUUCUACAUCAUUCACGCCAAAUGUUAUUGCUCAGAAGAAUGGUAGCUACGACAUAGUAUACACUGUCAACAGAGAGGGAACCUACAAACUAGCUAUCAAGCUAUUUGGAAAACACAUCAGGGGAAGCCCAUUCCAAGUCAAAGCUUGUGUGGGGGAAAGCAGUUCCUCCAGUGAUCGACCAAUCAGUUCUAAAAUUCCAAGGACGAUAGGUGUCAGACAACGUGCUACAAAGCGACCACCAAGCUACCCAUCUACCAUCUCCUUGCGUAGAAGGAAUCCAGUUGAAGACGACUUGGUAUUAAAAAUUGGAACUAAAGGACGUGGAAAAGGAGAGUUUAGCAAUCCUCAAGGGAUUUGCUUUACGCAGGCUGGACAUAUCGUUGUAGCAGACAGCAACAAUCAAUGUGUUCAGGUGUUUUCUUUGUUAGGUGAGUGCAAACUGCGGUUUGGAAUAAGAGGAAGAAGUGCUGGUCAGAUUCAGAGACCCACUGGUAUUGCUGUAACUCCAACUGGAAACUAUGUUGUAGCGGAUUACGAGAAUAAGUGGAUCAGCCUAUUUAAUCCGUCCGGAAAGUUUCUAGGACGUCUAGGAGUUGGAAAGCUGCUUGGUCCCAAAGGAGUUUCGGUCGACAAGAAUGGACACAUUAUAGUCAUUGAUAAUAAAGCUAGUUCUGUAUUAAUAUUCCAAGAAAAUGGAAAACUCUUGAAUAAAUUUGGUACGAGAGGAACAGGUAAUAUGAAGUUUGCAGGCCCCCAUUACGUAGCAAUAAAUAACAAGAACCAGUUAUUGAUUUCUGAUUUCCAUAAUCACUGCAUAAAAAUAUUUGAUGGCGACGGGAAUUUUAUUUCCACUUUCGGCUCCAGCGGACAGGGAAAUGGGCAGUUUAACGCACCAACAGGUGUUGCCGUUGACAGUCAAGAAAAUAUUUUGGUGGCAGACUGGGGAAACAGUCGUAUUCAGGUGUUUGACAGUAGUGGAUCGUUUUUGUCGUUUGUUAACACAAAUGGAACAACACUUUAUGGACCGCAAGGCCUAGCUGCGACCCCAGAUGGAACUGUUGUGGUUGCAGAUUCUGGUAAUCACUGUGUUAAGGUUUACAAGUACCUACAGUAGAGGUCAGGUGGUUUCCAUAGGAAAAGUAGAAAACUUAGAAAAACCCGCUGAACUUACAAGCUGCUUGCUAACUUAUGGAAAACAUCAGCUAUUAAAGUCAUUUGUAAAUAUAUAGUGUAUAUGCAUCUGUAUGCCAUGUUGUUAUAAAACGUAGGACAAAGUACGUCAUAAAACAUUAUGGUUUACUACAAUAGUUGUUAAAUAUUUAUAACCUUAGUAGUCCUAAGUAGUCUUUAAACUAUGUAUAGACAAAAGCGUAGUUGUGUAUUGUAUGUACAUUUAAAGCUAUCCAAAUUUUAAGGCUAUGAGAAUUCCUUAAGUAUCGUUAUGUUGUACUCUCACCUUGAAAAUAAUAGUCGCGAAAACAUUAUUAGUUUGGAAAGUGGAAGCAGACGAAACUUCAUACUCUCACAACGUAUCUGAAGAUAUUUAAAUUUUCAUAAGAAGUUAUGUCACUUUAACAAUGAGGAAUAAAUAGUAACUUUAUUUCAUGUGUUAAAUAACAAAGCAAAAUAUUCAGUUCUAUGCAUUACCUUAACCUACGAAUAUCAUCAACAGAAAGCAUAUAUUUCGAUAGCUAUAUGAUGUUACAGUUGUCUAACGUAAUUACGUUUUCCCUUUUCAAUUAUUACAAUUGAAAAUAUAUUGAGAUUGUGAAGUUUAUUUUUUGAUCUUAUAUUUGUUAAUUAUAACUGAUAAAAACGUAUAAGUGUUUUAUAGACUAUUUAAUGUUAAUUAUAUUGAUAUAAUACAUGGUUAUUUAUUUUUGUUUAAAUUCACACUUUUUUCUUAAAUUUCUAUGUAAUCUAGAAUGACCAAGUCUUACAUAUGAUUAUAUAUUGCAUCGUUUUGUUUUUAAAAAAAUAUUUUUUAAUCAUAAAUAUCUUAAAGUUUAGCUAAACCUUAGAUAUAUAGCAUUAAUUACUUAAAGUUUAUGCCAGUUCUCUAGUUCUGUUUUAUCAAAGUCAGGAUCUAGCCUCGCUUCUUUCUCGUUGAAACAAUGUUAUGUUUAUACACGUGUCCAACAUUAGAAACAGAUGAUCGGGUUUCAGUAUUAUGAAGACCUCAAUGGGUUUCUUCCUCAAAGUAUAUUGACAAAUAUAUUAAAAUAUUUUAUGAAGUUGUGUCGUAUUCGCAAAACAAGACGAAUAUAAUUUUUAUAAAGAUCUGUCUCUUUGAUUUAAAAACUUAGUUUGUUUCAGAUUUAUUUACGAUUUCGUAUUAUUGUUUCUAAUAUGAAUGUGAUGUUCUUGAAAUCAAUUUGGAUUUCGGUAUUUUUAGAAACCAGAAUAUAUAUUGCCAAACUCCUCUCUAAAGAGGCAGAUGUGUGUGUUUUUGUGUGUGAGAGUAAUUCUUAGAGGUGUAAGUCUAAGUUUUUUUAUGGGAAUUCGACCAGUAAAUCGAGUAAGGACUGUCAACUAGGCACCUCUUCCUAGAUUCGAUUUGUCAUUCUUUUUACUGUUUGGUUUCACUUCCUUUUUGAAGUGUUUAUUUGGUUAACUAUAAAUCUAUUAUAUUUUACCAAACAUUUUUUCAUUUUACGUCUUUAGCUGAACACUUUUGAAUAUGUAAACCAAAGAUUUGGAUGUUAUUUGAUAAUGGUUAAAAACAUUUGUUGCUACCAAAGAAUAUGAAGAAACUGUUUGUUACUAAAGACUCCUAGAUCAGGUUGAUUGUCCUACGUGCUAGUAUUUGUAACUACUUCAGCUUCUGUAAAUUAAACUAAAUUCUCGACACUAAUUGUGUGCAUUGAGAAGUUUCGAUCCCCAAAAUUUAUCAUGUUAUACUUAAAAUGUAAAUAUUGAUUUUAUCUUAGCAUAGUACUGAAAUUACUUUUGCUGCAACGAGACAAUGAGUCUAGUACGCCUGUAGAUAGAAUGAAUGACCCAUCGAAGAAACAUUGUUUUGAUUAUAUUUGUAGAUUAACACCUUUCUUAUUAGAUAUGAAAACCUACUAAUUUUGGGACACAGCUAUUUUCUUAUUUGUCAGAUUUACUUUUGUAUUAACCUUCUCUACAUGUCUUGUAAUCAAUAAACUGAUCUAUACACAAACGCACGCGCGCGCGUACAGUUGAAUUUACUACGGACGCAAUUCUUAAUAAAUACGUGAUUAAAUGUAUAUUUACAUAAAUAUUAAUAAUUAAUAAACGUUUGAAAAAAUGA